UGAGAUUGUCGAAUAGAGCUUGGAUUUUUACUGUAACGGUGUCAUUUCCCUCUCCACUCCUAUAUAAAUUCUUUCCAAAUCUUCUAUUUUGUUCUUAUUCGCAUUAAUUUCAUACAGGGAUUAUGUUUUGAGUUUGUGAUUUGUGGUUCGAAAUCUUAGAAUGAGAGUAGGAGGGGUUUCGGAGACGAACACGUCAUCAACUUUGUCAGAAUCUGAAUCUGUUCAUGUAAAUGUAUCUGCGUCUGUAACUGCUUCUCCAUCUUCAUCCACAGUAGCUUCUCCAAGUGGAAAACGGAGUAGGGAUCCUGAAGAUGAGGUUUACGUCGACAAUCUUCACUCCCAUAAACGUUAUCUCAGCGAGAUAAUGGCUUCCAGCUUAAAUGGGCUAUCAGUGGGAGACCCCCUUCCUGAAAACCUGAUGGAUUCUCCAGCAAGAUCUGACAGCAUGUUUUAUCUAAGGGAUGAACUGCCAUUGCAAUAUUCACCAAUGUCAGAAGACCUGGAUGAGUUCAGAUACUGUGAAAGCAAUGCAUGCUCACCAUCACCAUCACCAUCACAAACAGAUAGCCAACCAACCAGUCCAGUUUCUCCUUACAGAUUCCAGAAGCUUCCAAGCACCUUCUCACCUGGACCCACCACCACCACCACCACCACCAGCAGCGGUUACUACCCACCACCACCACCAACUUCACAGGGAAGGCAACGGGGAUCUGACUCAGAAGGAAGGUUCCCAUCAUCUCCAAGUGACAUAUGUCACUCUGCUGACUUGAGGAGGGCUGCAUUGUUGAGGUCUGUGCAGAUGAGGACUCAGCCGUCUCAGUUUGAAGAGCCACUGCCAUUGCCAUUGCCAUUGACAUGCCCUUUUAAUGUCAAGUCUUUGGUUCAUGAGAUUGAUACUGAGUGUUCCAUGCAUGGAAAGUCUUGUAGGGUGUUGACCAUGAACAUCAAAGGAGAUGAUGAUUCAUGAGCCCACUGAUUAUAGUUUCAUUCUUCUAUCUCUUCUUCAUCUUCUAUGAUAUAUGUUUGUUUGUUUCAUUGACCAAAGAUGAGGCACUGUACAUGUUCGAUCAUUUUCUGUUUGUUAUCUAUGAAACUUAGUUACUUAAUUAUCAAUUAAGAUUUAAUUAUAAAAGGUUAAAA